AGGCAUACAUUCACUGCAUUCGCUCCUUGCUACCCUCGUCACCCUUUCACUCUCUUGACAUCUCUCAUUGCCACCUCCGACGAUGUCUCACGUCAAGGUUGACACCCUCGUGAUUGGAGCCGGUAAGUCAUCACAGCGGGCGAGGGCAACCUCCGGGACGAACAGGCUGUCCUAACGUCUCCUGUUCCUACCAUCGCAGGUCCUACCGGCCUGGGCGCAGCAAAGCGUCUUCACCAGCUGCACGGCGCCAACAAGACAGCUUCUGGCGACGAGUCUUGGCUGCUCAUCGACGCUUCUCACGAGGCCGGAGGACUCGCCUCCACCGAUGUGACCGACGAAGGAUUCCUCUUCGACGUUGGAGGUCACGUCAUCUUCUCCCACUACGCAUACUUUGACGAUGUCAUCCAGGAGGCUCUCCCCAAGGAGAGCGAUUGGUACACCAUGCAGAGGGUGUCCUACGUUCGCAGCUUCAACACUUGGGUCCCUUACCCAUACCAGAACAAUAUCUCUGUCCUUCCAGUCGCGCAGCAGAUUGCCUGUAUCGAGGGAAUGAUCGAUGCCCAGGAGGAGCGAAUCAGGGCAAAGGACACUCCUCAGACAUUCGAUCAGUGGAUUAUCAGGAUGAUGGGCAAGGGUCUUGCUGAUCUCUUCAUGAGGCCAUACAACUUCAAGGUCUGGGCUUACCCGACCACGGCUAUGCAAUGCAAGUGGCUCGGUGAGCGAGUCGCUGCCCCUUCGCUCAAGCUGGUCGUCUCCAACACCCUCCAGCGCAAGACUGCCGGCAACUGGGGACCCAAUGCUACAUUCAAGUUCCCCGCAUACGGUGGAACUGGAGGAAUAUGGAAGGCGGUAGCCAAGACACUUCCCAAGGAGAAGCUGCAAUUCAACAAGAAGGUCGUCAGCGUCGAUGGUCCUGGUCACAAGGUCCACCUCGAUGACGGUGGCUCGAUUGAGUACAAGCACCUCAUCAGUACCAUGGCUGUCGACUACCUGGUCGAGAACCUCAAGGUGGACAAUGGUGACGCUGCUCUGCACAAGAAGAUGCUCGCAGCCACCAAGGAGGGUCUCCUCUUCUCAUCUACCCACGUCAUCGGUAUCGGAAUCCGUGGAGAGCUUCCACCAAGGAUCGGCGACAAGUGCUGGUUGUACUUCCCUGAGGACGACUGCCCCUUCUACCGAGCUACCGUCUUUUCCAACUACUCGCCCAACAACUGCCCUCAGGCAGACGUCAAGCUCAAGACGAUCCAGUACGCUGACCCCUCUACUGGCAAGCCUUCGGGCGAGGCCGAGGGUGGACCUUACUGGAGUUUGAUGAUGGAAGUUUCUGAGUCUGACGCCAAGCCCGUCAAUGCCGCUACUCUUCUGGCAGACACCAUCAAGGGCUGUGUGGCCACGGAGCUCUGCAAGGGCACAGACCAGAUCGUCUCCCUCUACCACCGAAAGUUCGUGCAGGGCUACCCCACCCCUUCCCUGGGUCGUGACGCUGCUCUGGCUGACUUGCUCCCCCCUCUCCAGGAGAAAUGGGACAUUCUCAGCAGAGGAAGGUUCGGAAGCUGGAAGUACGAAGUGGGAAACCAAGACCACUCCUUUGAGCUUGGUGUCGAGGCAGUGGACCGAGCACUCUAUGGAAGCCCGGAGAUCACCCUCGACUCGCCCGACUAUGUCAAUGGCCGAAGGAACACUGAGAGGCGUCUCAAGUAAGAAAGAGGGCGCUGGAGAAAGCGCAAGGAUUUUCGGGCACACUCUCUUCUGGGGCUGAGGCUUCAUAGAUGCCUCCUUCCUUCUGUUGGUCCAUCCUUCCUACACUCUUCUUCUCCGUCUCUUUCUGCAUGUUCGGAGGUACCUUGACAUUUUAUACAUACUUUUGCAACCAUGAAUUACUCAUCUCACCUGACAAAUGAAGAGUCUCACUGCAAGGCUUCAGAGUAGAUUGAUUUAGUCCAGACGGAAAACUUAUAUACGAUUGUAUCCAUGAUCUCACUCUUCAUCCCAAGUCCAUCCCAACUCACCAGCUCCCAUCCCCGUCCAAGGCAAGGAGCGCGGCAGCGGAUGCAAAAUCUUGACUCCCUUUACAUGCGUCUGCGUCGUCUUGAUUGUUGCACCGUGAUGUUUCCCCAUUUGCAUUGCAGGAUGUAACUUUGCAUACUUUUCCUUUUCCAACU